AUGGGGAGAAACGUGAUACAAACAAAUCUUUUACAAUGUAAAACGUGCGGUGAAAUAUUCGAAGUGUCACCAACGAAAAUGACAACUCGAGAGGAUUUAUUAACAAACGAAUUGUAUAAAAAUUGUCAAAAAUGUUUGCAAUCAAUAAGAAUGAAUCAAAUGAAACAAAUCGGGGAUACGUUUCAAUCCAUAUUGAUGUAUUGUAAAAAUCGUAAUAACGGAUGCGACAAAGAAUUGCCAUCUUGCGACAUACACAAUCACGAAAUAAAUUGCGAAUAUCGUCCGGAAAUAAGUUUUUUAAAUUACCGGAAACAUCUUGAAAAAAUGCAUCAACCCUAUAUAAAAAAAGUUCAUUUGAACGAAGAAUAUAAUGUCGUUAUAAAAGCCGUUAAAGAUCAUUCCGUUAACGUGUCGUCCGUCGUUUGCGAUGAAAAAAAUCAAUUGUAUUUCACUAGGAAAUGUUCGAUCGACGUUCAAAAGGAUUUGUUUAUGGUUUGCGUUCAUUACAUAGGCGAAAGGGAAAAUGCUAAAAAAUAUUUAUACAAAGUUAAAAUCAAUCAAGGUAUCGAAUCCGCGAACGCAUUUUACGAAUAUACCGCGUAUUGUGGACCUUUCGUCGAAAUCCCGAACUCUCCCGAUGCACAUUCGAAUUGUGUCCUUUUACAUCCUAAAAAAUUAUUUUUAAACGAUGAUUAUUUAAACGAAUUGAAAUAUUCCGUUACGAUAAAACGUAUCAAAGAACGAACGGAAUCCAAUUGA